AUUCUUUACCUUCAAUUUUCUAUGGAGCUUUCCGUUGCAGGCCGGAGAAACAAGGUUAUGUUGCGAAUCGGUGCGGCAUGGCCGUGCCAUGGGCGCUCGUGCUGUGCGGGCCGUCUGGCUCCGGCAAGUCCACACUCAUCGGCCGCCUCUUCAAAGACUUCCCAGGCAUCUUCAGUUUCUCAGUGUCGCACACUACGCGCCAGCCACGACAAGGGGAGCUGCCAGGUCGCCAUUACCACUUCAGCAACAAGGAAGUCAUGAAGGCGGCCAUCGCUGGCGGGGAAUUCUUGGAGUGGGCUGAGUUCUCCGGCAACAUGUACGGCACCAGCAAGAAGGCAGUGGAAGAAGUAAUGGCUUCAGGGAAGAUAUGCGUGUUGGACAUAGACACACAAGGCGUGCGCCAGGUGAAGGAGAAAGGCCUUGCAGCCUUGUAUGUGUUCGUUAAGCCUCCCUCACUGGCAGAGCUGGAGCGUCGCCUGCGUGACCGCAACACAGAGACAGAGGUCAGCCUGCAGCGCCGCCUCACCAUCGCCAAUCACGAGAUGGAGUAUGGUGCAGCUCCAGGUAACUUUGACCUCGUGGUCGUGAAUGAUGACCUGGAGAGGGCGUACGCUGAGCUGAAGGACUUUGUCGUCCGGGAGAUGGAGAAGAGGGGUGCAGAAACACAACCGGCACUGGAGGUGAAGCCUGUCAGGCGGGCCAUGCCCAUCGGACAUAGGGAGUCAGCCCUAACAGCACAGGCAGUGGAACUCCCGGGAGCCAAACCUACACCUGCGUGCUUCGGACCAUUUUGAAUUAGCACAUUAUUCAUUUUAUUCAUUUUAAUGUUGUCUAUAAUUUAAGUUUCAACUCGCGGGAGAAUGAUUGGUCGAUCACUCAGCCAGCAACAGCACACUACGGAGGUCUGUGAGCCAAGAUUGAAUUUGGCAUUUUAUAUUUUCCAUGCAACUCUGGAUCUUGUUCGCCCAGUGAUGAAAUAUAUGUAUGGGUUUCUGCUUAUGGCACAUUUAUCAUAGAAUUUUUGCGCAGUUCGGAAAUAAUAAUGUUUUAAAAGUUCGAGUUUGAGCUCUCUGUGCAUAGCCCUUACGGGGCAAUACACUGGCGCAUCUGUCGCAAUACGAAUACUCUUAUUCUGAAUUCUCUGUAGCUUGAUUAAGUGAGAUUCCGCUGCUGUUGCCCACACCGGCGCUGCAUACGUGAUUAUUGGUUUUAUUAGUGCGUUAUAAAUUAUUAUUCCGUUUUUAACAGAGCUACCUAAACGUCUGCUCGUGACGGGGUAGAGGGUCAUGAGCCUAGUGAAAGCUGUUUUUCUUUUCGCCUCUAUGUGAUCGCGCCAUAGUAGUUUCCUAUCCAUGUGUACGCCUAAAUAUUUAACCACAUUUUUGUGAGGAAUUUGCUCAUUGAAAAGUGUUAGUCGUGGUCUAUCUUCAAGUGGCGGGAGAUGUUUACGCGUAAAAACUAUAGCUUCUGAUUUAGUAGGGUUUACCUUAAUUCGCCAUUUUGUGCACCACUGUUCUAUUGAAUUUAACGCGGUUUGUAAUCUGUCUGCUGCGAGUUCUAGAAUACUAGAUCUGCUAAACAAUACCGUAUCGUCCGCGUAGCAGCCAAACUGAACUGAUCGGUGUGCGGGCUUAGGCAUAUCAUGGAUAUAAAUAUUGAAUAAAACCGGCCCCAAAAUGCUGCCUUGUGGGACUCCUGCUUUAAUUAUUUUUAAAUCGGACUGUGCUCCUUCUGUCGUGACUCUAAACGAUCGAUUUUCUAAAUACGAGGCCAGUAAUUUAAUAUAACAAUCGGGGAAGCCAGUUUUAUAUAAUUAAUAAAUUAAGCCUUCAUGAAGUACUCUAUCAAAGGCUUUUUCUAUGUCCAAAAACGCUGCGAGAUUAUAGCUAUUCUGAUUGAACGCAGUUAUUAUUUGUUCUGUCAUACGGACCAGUUGAUGCGUUGUUGAAUGCGCGCAGCGAAAACCAAAUUGUUCGUCCGGCAGUACGUUAUUUUCUUUAAUGUGAGCAUUUAGUCGCUGUAGAAUUAUGCAUUCAGCUACUUUUGACAAUGUACUCAGCAGACUAAUGGGCCUAUAAUUUUGGGGCAGUGUCUUAUCUUUUCGGGAUUUAUGAAAAACUAUCACAUUCGCUUCUUUCCACUGCGUUGGAAAAUCUGCGACCCUCUUUUUUUUUUUGUUUCCGACAAUACACGAAGAUGCACGAAGUGGUUGGUCGGGUGUAUCAUGUCUUUCCCGCGUUCCAGGUAUUUGUUUUAUUGUUUUAGCUUCGUCGGCGCGGGAGCGGGCCCUGUUUAGCUCGAGGCGACAAAGCACCACCGAGUUUUAUUCUAUACAAAGUACCAGUUUCACCCAUUAUCCUGAUCAGGAUCUUCAGGAUUAGCGAUUUUUUUUAUACCCGGAUACACUGUAGUGUCUUGCACCAUGUACUCGUAUGAAAUAAAGUUUCCAGAAGGAGCUUAAUAAAUUAUUGUUUAAAAUUAAAAACCACACAUUAAUGAUAAAUUGAUCUAAAAUGUAAAAAUAAAUAAUAGUUUAAAAACUAAAAAAAAACACGCCUUAAUAGAAAACCAAACUAAAAAGUAAAAAAUAAAUAAUAGUUUAAAAACUAAAAAAACACGCUUUGAUAGAAAACCAAACUAAAAAUAAAAAAAAUAAAAAAA